AGUUGAGGCUUUUCCUGUGGACCUUUGGGAGGUGGAGGGAGUGUGUACAGAUAGCAGAGAAAGACAGAGGGAAGGAGGAGGAGGAAUCGGGUAGUUUCUAGCAGCCUGAGCAGUCGGCUGAAGGGUGGAGACUCAGAGCAGCAGUGAGGAGGGAGGCAGGGAGGAUCUCAGCUGGAGAAGAGAGAGAGAAAGAGAGAGAGAGAGAGAGAGAGACAGAGAGAGGAGUGUGUGUUGUGAGCGUGGAUGCACUCGCCUGCUUCGCUCAGUGACUGACUGUGUGACACAGAAAGAGCGUGGAUACUACUCUACAGAGCUGAAUGUGUUUGGGGUCACAGGCGAAGACAAAACACACAAAAGAAGGUAGGGUUGUUUUUGCAUUUUUUUGGGGGUGUGGCUAUAAUUUCCCUGAUUUUGUAGCAUGUAAGUUAAUUAAAUCGAAAGCAGGGUGUGUUCGAGAGCAGGAGGAGGGGAUUUUUUUGUUUCCACGCUGCUGUUUUGUCAGCAUUCAAGGGGCGAGAUUGAUGCUGCCGGCUGGUUUACAUCAUGGAAUCCCCUCCUCCCGCUAAAAUCUGUAAAAACCUCCUCCCUGUCAGGUGGGCUGUUGCUUUUACUCCCCCCUACCACCCCCCCAUAUUGUACCUCCUUUCAUACAUGUGUGAAUCUGCAGGGAAAUAAGAGGAUGAUCCCCCCUUUUCUCUCUUUUCCCCCUUUCCAAUCUAAGGGAUUGGACUGUUCUUAUAAUCUAGAGCCAGAGGAAUCAAGGACGUACAUUUCUGAUGAUAUUUGCAUGAGCAAUGGGGUUGAAAUAGCUUCAAUAAAAGGGAGACGAGGAAGGAGAGAUGUAAGGAAAGGGGGUGUGAUCGAAUGAGGCAGCACAGAACCAACGAGGAAUCCCACAAGCCUCCUGUAGGGUUUUUCCUUUCAUUCCCAACUCCCUCUGUAUUGUUAGGAGAAAACAGUCGACCAAACACAAGGUCCGUGUAGUGGUUGUUCAAGGCAGAUGGUCGGAAGAGGUGUAGGAGGAGGAGGUGUAGGAGGGGGGGAUUUUAUGUUUUUGUGCCGCUCAUAGAAAGAUACAGUCACUGACAGCAGCAUGCAUUCACAGGAAAUCCAAGAAAACCAACGCAGGCGUGCUGUUUCGCCGACCAUUGGCUCGUAACACCAGAGCAUCGUCACAUACAACUCACGCUCGAUUCAUCCAAUCAUGCGUGUGGGGUUGUGUUUUACAUACAUAGGCCUGUUACAAACGCACACAGCGAGUCAGAAUUACGCAAGAGCACACGUACAGGCAGCUCGUACUGUAUUUCCAAGGGAAGCUGCUUCAAGGCCAAAUAUUGCUGCACACAAACAUCGCUGUUGAGACUAGGAAAAGGCAAACAAGGAUAAACGAUACAGAUUGGAAGACAAAGUAGGGAGAGUCUGUCAGAUGGAAAGAAGAAAAGAAAUAAGACAGGAAUGACGGGAGAGAGUACGAGAGAACGAGUUUCCAUCCACACCUUAUUGAUCACUCUGACCUCUCCACUCCCACCACUGCCGUCAAACAAUAAAUCAUGCCAAAAGUCUGAGUAGAUCUUGGCUUGAAUUCUCAAAAGGAUCAUUCUUGCUGGAGUCAUCUCCUUUCCGAACUGUCUUUGAGUAAUUCAAAACAGAGAAACUACUUCGCCACAAGAUCUUCAAGGGACUAAAACAUGAUAAAAAAGGAUGUUGUUGCACUGAUUGCUUUGACCUUUGUACUUGCUGGACUUGUUUGCUUCUGGCAGUGCUGAUUUUUAGUCUUUAACCUAUUCAACCGUGUUGUUGUCCCUGUGGAAAAAAAAUACCAAGAGAUAUUUCCGGAUUAUUUAAGGGAAAGUCCAGUAAAGUAGUCAGAUCCUCUAUCUAAGGUACAGCCAAGCAGUGAGUCCUCAGUUUACCAGGUCGCACUGGGAUGCCAAUGUUUUGCUUUAAGCCGAAUUUUUAGGCGGGUAGGACUCCAGUAAGUUCACUCUCAAAGCAAACAAAUCGAUCUGUGAUAGGACGCAAUUUCCAAGACUUUCUGAGAACUUAACAUGAAUUGGAACAAGUUUAAGUCAAAGCUCCCUCCAACUCUAGUCCUUGAACAGGAAAUGAGACCAGCAAUGUCUCAAAGGCGUUUCAGGUUCUCAUUUUGAGUCCAUGUCUACUGUAAAUUCUUUGGAUUCAUGUCUAAUCCAAGUCUCAAGGUUUCCAAGCACAUCACAGGUUCAAGUUUCCUUUGGCCAACUUUUGGUAUUCAAAGAUUUUGAAUUCAAGUCCUGGGUAAAAUCAUUUGGUUGUCAUAUUCCAGGUUCUCUCGAUUCAUCCAAUCAUGCGUGUGAGGUUGUGUUUUACAUACAUAGGCCUGUUACAAACGCACACAGCGAGUCAGAAUUACGCAAGAAUUACGCAAGGGCACACGUACAGGAGGCUCGUACUGUAUUUCCAAGGGAGGCUGCUUCAAGUUUCCUUUGGCCAACUUUUGGUAUUCAAAGAUUCUCCAUUUAGUUGGCCACAGAUUUACUCCAAGCAUUAUCUUGCUAACAAAGCAGUUCUUGGAUAUUACACUUUAUUGCUGAUGCAAGGCAAAGCAUUUAGUAUGAUAAAAAUAUGGUAUUUUUAUUUUUAGGACCACUUGAGGUACCCAAGGACUUGAGACAAUAAACAAGUCCUUGUCAAAUCUAAUAACAUGAUCUUUUGUGCUUAACAGAUUUUUCUAGUCUAUUUUUUUGUAUAUAGAGCUCUGCAUGGUCAGGCCCCAGAAUAUAUUGCUGACCUGCUUCACCCCUACAUUUCAAGUAGGUCACUCAGGUCAGCUAAACCAGGGCUUGCUAGUUGUCCCUUGAACUCAUCAAAAAAAAAAGAGGUGAGCAUGCAAUUGAAGUGGUGGCUUGAACACUGUCGAACAAACCUGCUGAUAUUCAUUCAGCUGUUUCCAUUGUCACUUUUAAAAAGCUUUUAAAGACUCACUUAUUUAAACAGGCCUUUACCUCCCCCGGUUUUAACUCAUGCUCUAUUUAGGCCAAUGUUUUUUUAUUGUUCUUUGAUUUUACUUGAUGUUUAUGAUUGUAUUUUUAAUUUUUUUCUGUGAAGCACUUUGUGAAUCUUCUCUAUGAAAGGUGCUAUAAUAAAAGAUUUUUACUUACUUACUUUUUGUAUAUUUUGGCGAUAGUGUCAGGUAAGGUCAUACCCAAAAGCCUCUGGUCUCCAAGCGGAAAAAAAACCCCUUCCUGCUGUUAAGUCUUUAGAAAAUGAAGUCUUGAGUAGGUCAUGGUUUAGUGAUACUUGGGCCCAUCUCAAGGACAAAGUUUCAAAACUGUUUCUACCUCUGUUGAGGAAAAUCUCAGUCCCUGAACUUUUACAUGAACAACUGGAGUGAGUGUAAGUCAAGACUUGAGGUCUUGCCCAAUCAAGAACCAACUACACUCAGUCUUUAUCCCUUUAUGGCAACAAGAUAAACAAAAGUCCCAAUUUGAGUCUUUCAAGAAUCAAGUUAUGAAGGGGUCAUGGGUCAGUUAAGUCCUAUAUUUUGUUAAUCUCAAAGAACUCAAUGACAAACAUUGAGGUUUGAACUCUUGACCAAGUCAGGUUUAGGGCUCUAUUUUCGUUCGCGCCGGUGAGGCGGCGGAGGGCGGCGAGCCCCGGGCAGUUGUAUUUUCGUCUGGCGGAGCCCAGCGUAAGGCCAAUUUGGUAUUUUCGUGGCAUGAGCCGCACGGAGGCGAGCCGAGAUCCGCCAAGCUGGGCGUGGUGGUGUGGCAGGGGGAGGUGUCGACAGAAUCAGCAGGCGCAGUGACAUUUUUGUGCUCGCCACCGGCGUGUGAAGUGCGCUGAAAGCUCGCCGAUUCAAACCUGGUCAGCUUUCAGCGCAAGGCGGAACGCAGCUGGUCCAGUAGUAUUUUGGUAGACCGGCGGCGUAUCGACAUACGUCACUGAUGCCUCACCGGCAGGUUUCCACAGUGUCAGGCACAUUUCAGUGCAAUAAAUAAUCAUCAUCAACUAUUAAUCUGAGUCAGCACAUACAUUUGGAUCUAUAUAGAUAUAUUCUGAUCUAUAUCUGAUCUGAUGAGCGCGUUUGGCACGCGUUUGGACACACAACCUGACCGAAUCAACACAGCUGAAACCGCAUCAAAUUAAAUUAAAUAUCUAGUAAAUAUUCACACAUGAUGAAGUUAACUCGAUAUGUAAUUCGUCUCCCUCCUUUUCUUUCUUCCUCUUCCUCUUAUUUCUCGCACAGCUCGACCUGGACACGUCUCCGUGUCCUCUGUCCGUCUUGCUUGCUGCUGCGGCUGAACAGAUGAUUUGUUUCAGUGCUCAGAUGCGUGAUCUACUUUAAGCCGACAUACGGAUAUUAUAAUAUUCAGUUUUGUGAGCCAAAUUUAUUUUAUAUGCCAACAUCUAUGAAAGAAAGAGCCAGGCCACGGAGCGCGAUGCGUCAUUUACGCACAGAUGGUUCCGAUUUUUAUGCCAUUUUUGGAGUUUAUGUUGUGAUCUGUGCGCUCAACCGACCUUUGUCACGUGAGGUUUGAAUAUGAGCAACUUUAUGUGAGUGUCUUUAUUUGUGGAAAAGGGUGUUUGUCUUACCACUGGGUCCAACAUUACGCACACUAAAUCCAUCUGUGCUCAUAUGAGAGAGUGUGGAGGACACUUGUUGAGGAGCUGCCCUCUGUCGCCAUCUUGUGGCAUUACUGUCUUAAGACAUCUCUUGAUCUCUUUGACUACUUCAUGAAAAUAGUAAUACGCCUCGCCUGUGGCGGAUUUAAAGGCAAGGAGAGGAGCCUAUGUGAUUGGUGAAAACAGGUCUCGGCUGUGUUAAACCCACUAACCGCCCUUUCUACGACUUAUGGUGCUGGGAGGAGCUGAGUUAGGGAGGGGGGAUACUUACGCCGGGCUGCGCGGCUCACCAAAAUACCAAAAUGUGCUUGGGAACGCCUUGUCAGCGCGGCGGAUCUGAUUGACGCUGCGCUUGCGGCAGAUCUCCGGCGAGGCACCAAAAUAGAGCCCUUAGUGUUUGAGGAGUCACAUCUAAAGCAAUAGUACGCAAGUAUAUCUUGAGUCAAAUUUCUGUAUACCACCAGCCUUUUACACUUGAAUUUUAAGUAAGGCUGAAGGUCUCCAAUGUAAAAAUGUGAGGUUUGCUGUUUUUCUGCCUUUCAUGAGUCUACAUUUUUAAGUUUUAAGACAUUUUGAGAUUUCUUGAAUACUAAAAGCACUGCUUAAAAUCUUUUUGCACAAAUCUCUUAAGUCUUCAGUUUUAUCAGGAAAGAGCCAGAAGUUUUAAGCUUAAAGGACCAAACUAAAGCAUCAAAUGCUGUGCCUUCAAGGCCAAAUUAUAAUUUCAAGUCCUCAACCCAAGACUACUUUUCUAACUUUCCAAUUACUUGUAACUGCUUGUAAAUUCAACUCUAAAACUCCAAAGAUUUUUUAAGUUUAAAGUUUUCACUUUCAACAGUAUCAGCUGCUCAAAUCUACAUUUUUGGCAGUCUGCAUUAGAUUAAUGAUAACCUGAAUCCUCCCAGACUUUCAUCACUGUUCAGUCAUGAAUCAAAGGAGACUCAGGAUCUGAAACAGUCCAAGCAGCACACUCAGGCUCUCAGCAAAAUCUAAACAAGUCCGGAUGUUUGUAAUAUUGUUAACAGCCCAGGAGUCGGGCCUGUUAUUCUUGGCAUGCUGAUUGAUUCCAGAGGAAAACUAAGUUCAUGCCUCCUCACUCGUAAGCAAAUGCACAAUCCCUGCCGAGUCUUCACAGCUGAAACAGUGAUAUGAGGUUUAAUGUACAGGAAAAGCUAAUCUAGAGCUUAAAUUUUUCACGCACAGUGCAGGAUGUUAAACUUAAUCAUUUAUGAACGACACCAGGAAACUCAAAAAUAUGUUCAUAGAGAGAAAGAGAGAGACAAGCUCCUCCUGAGGACUUGGAGGAUUCACAGUCCUUUCAUUUACAGCCAACGAUCACCAGCUGGUGUAAAUUUUUCCAUUUGGAGCACACUACAACACAACCUUUAUAUCAUGUAACUGGUCCCCCUACGCUUCACUUAGAAGACACAUAUGAAAGGUUUCAAUCACAAGUCUUUUUGUCUUUACAAUUCGUCACCACUUUGAUCCAACAAAGGAGCAACAUUUGAUCCUUGAUCGUUUGAUUUAAUAAACAUAAUAGACCACAUUUGUGCCCCCUGGGGCCAUAAGCCUUCUCCCUGCUGCCUCCUUUACUCCCAGGGGAUGUAUCAUUUCCUGGGCCACUGCUUUCUCUCCCCUUCCCCCUUUCUGAGACCUAGAUUAACCCUCAACACACACAAAUAGGCAGACACACAAACAACACUUUCCAAGAUGGUAGGAUGGGCAAGGCAUGCUGGGGACGGCACAGAUGUCCAGGGUAAUGGAAUAAUCACGGGUGGUGGUCUGACCGAGACGACAUGAAGAAGAGGAAAAGUGAUGAGGGUCGAUGUAAGUUUGUAAUUUGGGUCAAAAUUUUUAAAUUUUAAGCUCCAGAUCAAACAGACCACAGAGCACAAAGGAAUUUAGGGGAUUGAGAUAAAAGGACCCGUUUGGCUGUUUUUGACUUGACCAGUUAGUAAAGAGUGACUAAUCUGUGUAACCUUUUUUGGUUUGCCCGACUUGAUGUUUCCUCUUUUAGAAUUCAAACCCAAUUCGUCGCCUUUAAAGUAAAAAAAACGUGGAUUAUUAAAGAUAACUGUGAUGAGAUUUGUCAGUUCUGAUGUGCUCAAAUGUGAUUAAUCAUAGUUCACAUGCUUAAAACUCAUGGUUGCUGGUUCAACUCCUAACCUCAACCCCUUAGCUGCACGUCUUCCCCCACUCUCCAUAUAUCUUCACUUUCCAGCCAUCCUAACAAAGGCAAGAAGCGCCAAAAAUAGACUGAUGAUAAUAAACCACCUCUAGGUUACCUGCCCUUUCUGCCUACAUCUUUUAGGCGUGAUGUCGAGGUCUUGAGUCCUUUGUUUUACAUAAAGUCGUGCCAGAUGGCACCAACUGAGAGGACAGCAGGUCUUUUUUAACAGCUCACACCCCCAAAAUCCUGAUUCUGUUCUCAGAAAACCAACCAGAUUACAACUAAACAUAACUGUAUUUAAUAUGAUUUAAUGUGACGAAUAAAUCGAUUGAGUAAAUACAGGCUGUUUACGGUGAAUGCAGAAUGUAGGUCAAGUCAAGCAAAGAUACUACAGAUGUUCAGUCUCACCUUAGAGGAAAAAUAUUGAUAAAGUGGAAUGAAUAUUCAGUUUGAUUGAGGAGAUAGCAAGUUAGGUUGGCAAAGAUGAGAAGCUUCGUCAACCUAUGAGGUCUGGUGUUAUAAGUUUUUUUCUGCUGUCAUCACCUCAAAACUUUUUGGGACUGUUUUCUGAAAAGUUCCUGUAAACUGGUUCUUACAGCGCAGAGGUCGGCUCCAGGCCUGAGUCCAGGUCUGAGUCCUGUGUGACAGAAAUAGUGAGGCUCACUGUGUCCUAUCUCUGUCUCCUCGUGUGCACAGGAAGGACUGUCCUUUCUCCUGUUCAAGGGCAGAGAUCCGUGCUCUGUUACAUUCAAUAGUCAAUAUCCUCUUGAUCGUGUUCAUUAAUAACUCUGGAGGUCAGUUUUAUGUUACCUUCCCUUUCUGCGGUUGCUGUAAAAAGCCACUCUGAAAGAAGAUCUUACAUCACAAAUGGUUUCUUUCAUCUCCUUGAUAAACUUUUUUUUUUAUUUCCAGCUGAAAACAGUUUUUUUUUUUCCUAACCCGGUAAAACUUUUCCAGUCAGUCCACAACUCUGAAAGUCUUUGUUCGGUUCAGUGUGUCCUUAACUGCAUCCUGCUCCACCGUGACAUCUCUGUCAGUAUCUCAUUGUCCUAUGACAAACCGAGGAUGGUACAGUCACUCGCUCACACUGUGAGGGCGUGAUGACUGAACUUUAUAAAUGCUCGUGCAUCAACGCUGCCAGGCCUUUCAGGAGAAAAUGAAAACCAGGCUUGCAUUUUUGUGAAAGUCUGCAGAGGGGAUUUUCAAGUACAACACCAAAAAAAGAAAACUCAAGUCAGCACUGAGAAGAUUCGUGUCAGCUUUUAUUGUACCAAGAUGGGGGUCAGAAGUUUUAUUUUGUGGGAUAAACAAAGCUCCUUCUCUGCUGUUACCUUUUACAUGACAAGCUGAGAUGCUUUUAAAGGGUUAGUUCUAGGCCUGUCGCGAUAAUCAAUAAAUCGCCUUAUCGCUCGAUAAAUAAAAACGAGGUCGGUCAUUUUGCCAGCCUCGAUAAUUGACGUGCGUUUGUUUUCCUCCUCUCUCGCUACCAAACACGCUGGUUGAGAGAAGAGGUCUCACUCUGCGCAUUUUUCUCGGCACCUGGGGGCGUUGGCUCUACAGCGGAAUGAACGGAGUUAGUGAACCCUCCUGUCAGUCAUUCAGUGUCUUUGUCACGAGGGGGCUGGCGCGCGCAGGUACACGUAGGCGCGCACAGGCACACAGACACAGACUUUUGGAUACAGUGCUGCAAGUGAGCGUUGUGAGUGAAAAGCAAGCUAACAGAAUGAACACGACAGCUUUGGUGUCUAAACCGAACGCAACAGCCCAAGUGUGGGAAUAUUUCGGCUUUAAACCAGUUUUGUUUUCGUCAACCACAAAACUCCACGUGUGUGUGUGCGCGCGUGCGUGUGUGUCUGUGUGUUGGAGGAGCACAGCAGGAUGAUGAGAGCUGUUAGAGCGGACUGAAGCUGCUCCUAUAUGUUUAGCGUUUAACUGACUGAGUUUUGCAACUCUGUUCGUCGUUUUCGUCUCGUCCCAUCAACGUCAACGCACUUUCGUCUCGUCACAUUUUAGUCAUCUCCGACUUAUGUUUAGCUCGUCAACGUUACGUCUUCGUCGUGGGUGAAAUUAAAGUUUAUCACUUUUGACACGGUGUACUCGCAUUAUUAUGCCAUUUAAUAUCAUUAUCUAUAAUUUAAAAAACGGUGUCAAUAAUAUCGUUUAUCGGCAAUAAUUUGUAGCACAAUUAUCGUCCAGCAAAAUUUGUUAUCGUGACAGGCCUAGUUAGUUCCCUCAAAUACAUAUUACAUAUUACUCACUCCCCUAGUUCAGCCAAAGCUUAGCAACUUUAACUUCAGUCAGCCAAGCUUUGGUUUUGGAUUUGAUUUUUCCAGAUAGCCAAUAUGUCGUUUAUUACGAGGAUCAUGGUGGAAAGGUUUGCUAAUGCCUUACAUAUCUUCUUUGGGGCAUUUAUAGAGUUAAGGCGAACAUUUGCACCAACUUUUUGGACUUUACCCAGCCAACGUUGGACCCAUCCAAAAAAUCUUCCCUCGAUUGCGUAGUAUCUAUAAAACGUAAUAUAAAUACUAGAGAAGGUGUUAUGUCAAAUGAUUAGGAAAAUGUUGAGUUUCUUAUCCGAAAUUAUUUCCCCCACCCGAGGUGCUUGAACUGUUAUGGACUAGAAAUGUGAGGUCUGCUUUCGUCCAUCUGUCUGAAAUUGAGGGUGCGCACUUUCAAAAGUGCUAGUUUCACAUAUGUGGCCAUCACCAGCCACUAAACGCCAACCUUUUAUAGCAACAGUGAGGAGAGAGGGGGCUUAUUGGCCCUACAAACUCAGCCUGUUUAAGCUCUGAGCAGGGGUCCCAUCCUGCCUCCUCACAUCCCCAAAGACCCUCGCAGGUUAACCACCGACCCUCCAGGGUCCAGAAAGCUGAGCUGGAGACCAAUUUUUAAUCACCAUGCUCUAAUUUCACACUCUGAGCAUCACAGAGGACAUAUCCCUCCCUGCGUGGUAGUCUUAAUUUAUCUCCUUGGAUGGUGUAAGAAAAGAGGAUGAAAAGAUGUGCUCUAAAGAAAGAAAAACGAGGGGAAAAAAGAGCUGAGCUGAGAGUCAGCAUGUGUGGGUGUGCGUCAGAGAUCAUCACUCUCGACAGGCCAGGAAUUAUAUUUUCCUCUCCAGGAUGUUUCCUGCGGCGCUUAAUCACCCUUUAAGUCAGCGACACCCCGAGUCAAGCAGCAGCUAUAAUCACAUCAGUUGAGGGCCUCGUCACGAACACAGACCCCCUGAAAAACCCGGAGGAAGGGGUUCAAAACGUCUCCAAAUGGCAGGGGAAGGAUAGCGGAAGGGGGUCAGAUUGAUUCGGUGGUUUUAGCAGCAGGACGUAUCACGCUGGGGGUGUUCGAGUCCCAUCACUGAACACCUGUCCGCUACGCAGGGAGGGAUGGAAAGCAGAAGGCUACAACACAGGAGAGAAAUGGAUCACCAGUCACAUCCCAUAAUGCACCUCUCUGACUUUUUGUUGAGUUCGAGACGCUUUGUUGGCGUAAAAGUGAAGAACAAUAUUACCGAGACAUUAAGAUAAAAUAAAAUCUUGCACACUCAGUCUCUUCGCCUCUGAUCUGGCUGCUGCUCCGCAACAUAAAGAUGAGGACUCAAACUGUUCACAGGGAAAUCUAACUCAGCAGGGCUCUUUUUUUUUUCAUUUGAAAGAACAGUUGGCUUUCUUGCAUUUUCUGCAGCAAACGGUAAACUGAUCGAAGAGGGAAGAAUAAACAAAAUGGAAAAUGUCACAGUGCAGCCAUGAUGUAAAAUGUAAUAUCGAGUUGAUGGACACAUUUCUAAAUAAACAAUUAAUUCUUUCCCAGUGACUUGCAAAUAAUUUGGUCACUUCAGUCAAAAAGAAGUCGAGUGUUUGUCCACCCAGUAACGUGCAGUUUCACUUUCUUAACUUGACUGCUCCCAAACCAGUGAAACAUAAACAACAGAUGAUUGUAAUGUUUUACAGGGAAACUCCCAAAUGUAAAUGUGAGUCUGUUGUGACAAGCCGGAUGUCUCUGUGCAUAACACGUGCUCUCUGCAAAUAAAACUCACCACAGCUACAACUUAUGGGUCAUGUGACUCUUAACUUUGUUUGCUGUUCAUAAACUAGAGAGGUAAAGUCAAUAUUUGCGAUUGGUUGUGACAGUGUUUUACAUUAUUUACUCUGCUGUUAAACUCUUGACGCACCACCAACCGUGUCUUUUUUGGAUCCAGAAAUAACAAUGUUGGCUUAAAAGAGGAUUUUUCUCCCGUAAACGCUGCAGUGAAUACGAGAAAAAUCAUACGUAGACUCACAAUUAAUUAGAUCUUUUAAUCAUUUUUCCUUAAUAGAGGGUUUUUGUCACCUGGUCAAAAGCCAAAACAUCUUUCUUUUCUUAAAUAUACUUUCUUGUUUCUUAAAAUGAACCUCUGGAUGACCUGAAAAAUCUUUUUUUAACAAAAGAAGAGCAAAAAGUUAAAGGUGCAGUUUGUAAAAAAGGGAAAUAUUAGGUGAUAUCAGGCAGUCAGACCUAUUCAGCCCUCUAGUCAGAGAAAAGACGGUGGCCUUUGAGGACAAGAAGCUCCUGUUGGGUGUGACAACUGUGAGUCUUUUGCACAUAACCACCCUCUUCUUCGUCGUCCAACAAUUGCAUCUCCUAAAUACAAACAUGCAUGUGUUAUUAGAUUGUCCAUUAUGCACUACAGUACAAACAUGCUUUUUAGAGACCAAUACUCUGUCUCCACUAAGUCUCUUCUGCUAAAUGGCACGAAAUAAAAUACACUGCGUCUUUUCAUUGCUCGUUUUAAAACGCCUUAAAAAAUUUACUUUUUCUCCACAAGGCAGUCCUGCUAAAAACUGCAACAGCCCAGCAGAUGGUUUAAGAAUCACUGCUCUGAUAAAAAUGAUUAAACAGCUUACAUAACACAGUGUAACAGUGGGAUUACAGACUCCAGCAAAUGCUAAGAGGUGACAAAACAGUGCAGCGAGACCUCAUGCUUUUUUUUUCUUGUGCUUUUUUAAACAGUUCGCUCUUUUACUGCUGCUUGAACGCUGCCUCAGGGAUUUCAGCUCCCUGUUCACGAGUUUUUUUUUUUAAUUUUUUAAAUGCCUUACUGUAAUGUUGCUUUACUGUUGCAAGCUAUUAUGAUUUACGAUGGCUGGGAUUCCCUUUUCCUCUGCAGAUAUACUCAUGCAGAGAAAUUGACCCAUUUGUAAGAAGCGGCAGAGAACAGAUCUGCAGCCACAGAGGCGUGAAGAAUUAAUAUGUUUGAGCGGAGAAAAAGAGGUGGAAAGUUGAAAGGGUCAGCAAUGGAAAAAGCACGAAUAAUCGGAAAAGUGUGACAUAACUGGGAAAUAGAGCGAUGACUUGGGCAGUUUGAGGUUUCCAGCUGUUUUAUGUUGAGGGUGAAGGGUGCAUAAAAGCUGAUCGGCGCCCUGAUUAGCUGGUCACCCACUGGUCGGAUGAGUUUCUGCCAUGUCAGAAACUUUGGCUGAUCAUGAGCCAACCUCUUCUUUUUUCGUGACGGUACCUGUGUAAAAAAGUAGGCGGUAAAAAGCAACACGACAACAUGCUGUGAUGUUGGCUGCACAUUAUACUUGUAUCAUCAAAGUAUAUCAGCCCUGUGAGUGACCAGCAACCUGUCCAACUUGUUUUGUUUUUUUUUGCCAAAUCAGACUUCUCUCCUUGUCCGUGUAUAAAUGCAGCUGAAAAAAAUAGAGUUAUUGACAUGAACGUGUCCUCCUCCCCAAAACUAGGGGGCGAUAUGGGUCUUUUCAGCUGCGCUGUUUCUGGAACUGUUUUGAAGAUGUCUCUAUUCCGUUUUGCGACGGUCCGUAUACUUUAAAAUGUCUAUUUCUGGCAGGACCGAAAGCAUAACUGCACUCUCCUCGUCGUUCCAAAAGUGGACAUUCUUUCGUGCAUCAACCAUGUUGCAGUUGCUUCUGAGUAGAAAGUUCUUUAAAUGAUUGCGGCACUUCUUCUCUAGUGUUUUUGUUCCAGGGUUACUGAGGCAUGGCGCACGCACACAUGCAUUGUCUCAACAUACUCCAACUACACUGUUUACAUGGUAGAGAAAAUCGAAUUCCAAUCACAUUAUCUGGGUGUCUUAGUUGGAGUUCUCCGACUCCAAUCGGAGUUCUCAAACUUUAUUCGAUUAUAGUCAGACAAAGGUAUUUACACGCACUUCAGUUGUCUGGUCUUAAUCGGAAUAAGGCAAUAAUUCCGUUUUCUCGAGUGUCAUGUAAACGUACUGAGUGAGGGAUCAGUUUCUGUCCCGUUACAACUUGUACAGUGUCAGCCCUCAUGUCAUGCUAAACAGCUAGACCACAUGGUGACAGCACAUACGUGAGCUUUCAUCUCCCUGUUUCAUAUACGGGUGAAAAAGCACAUUUUCAGCAGGAUAAAGCUGCAUUCAAACGGUAUAUCAGAUCGGUGCAGAUCUUCCCGUCUUUCUUUUCUAACCCCGUGACUGAAACACAGCAACUCUUUCCUGUUGUGUCCACUUGUUGUGCUAAACUGAGAUUAUAGUCAGCCGGAUGCAGCACAUCACUGAGUACACAAGUAGAGCUGUAUCAAGUGAGCACAACUUACAUGAGGCUAUUCUUUAAAGCCAUAAUUACUUCAUCAUUUCUACCGAAUUUAAUUUAUUUCCCUGCAGUAGUUUGUUGUGUUUCUUCUCCAUCGGUGUCCCUCGUUCAAACCCCCUCAGCCAUGUUUGUAAGAGCCAGCUGUGACAUUUCGGCAUGUGACGAUCAAAUUAAAGUGACACACACACGCAAGUUGAUAUAAUUUAUCUAGAAUGCAGGAGCGAAAACACUUUUUACAAAAAAGGCCUCUGCUGCAGGUUCAACCUCUCUUUAUGGCUUCUUCUGUAUUUGCAGAGAGUGGGGCGGAGGUAAACUGCUGACUGAACUGCAGGCAGACAGCAGGGCCGAGUGCGGAGGAGUGAGCAGACAAGGUAAGAUACAUCAAGAGGAGGGGGCACUUGAGUUUCAUAAUAUUACAGAAGGAGUGGUCAAAACUGUUUUGUUAAGCUGCUUCUGCAAAGUUUCAAAGACGGCACAGAUGAGGCGUACGUCUAAAAAUGUUGCAUCUAUCAGCGCCUGUUGGGUAACUUGUCACAGUUAUCAGCAUGUUCACACCAUGUGUAACAUCUCAGGAUGGUAUUUGGGGCAGCUGACAGAUAGGAAGGAAGGAAGCGUACGAGGUUUCAUGAUAACCAAAGGGAGAGAGUCCAUUGUAAACGCAGUGAAAUGAUAUCCUAGGGCUUAGUGAAGAACAAAAGUGGAACAGUAUACUUCAUGUGUACUAAUUAAACCCUUUCAGUUCCCUUUAAGGUACCAGAUUAUAAAACAUGCAAGGCCUCUAUCUGCAUGACUGUGCCGCUUCCUGUCUUGAUAUGAAAAUGUCAGGGUGGCAUUCUCUCACGACCCAUUGACAAUUAACUGGAACCGCUUUUGUGCUCCACUUUCAUACACGUUGGGAACUGACAAAUAUGCUCCUCUUUGUGAACAUUUAAUUAAUGAUUAAUUCAAUGUAAUCAAUCAAGGUCCAGAAAGCUCCAACAAGCCUCCUUUAGGUUUUUUAAGCUCCAUACAAUGCUGGCAGACUAGGUAGGCAGGUCAACAUGCUAACUACGGGUUGGCGGUUUGAUCCCUGCUCCCACAGUUCACAUGUUCAAGUGUCUCUGACGGGUCAUUAACUUUGUUGACAUAGAUCACCAACAACCUAAGUAAUGGUCCUUUACAAUAAAACUGCUCCAUGUGCUCUGUGCUAGUUUGAGGAGACUAAUCCGACUCAUUCAGGGGGGUAUUUUGUUCCAGUCAAGAAGGGUUGUGUAUGCUGAGUGUUAGUUGAACUGAUCACAGUGCAAACAGCUGAUACAAAAGUAAAAGUACGGACAUCCAGAGUUUCAUACAUAAGGGGCAACAUGGAGGCGUGUCGCACAAGUGUUCAUUUUUUACCCUCUGUUUGUUUCAUAUGAUGUGCAAUGACACAAUGGCAGUGUUGUUGUUCACAACAGGAACACGCAGAUGGAACAACUUCUGCUAUUUUUGGCCAAAGUCUCCAACAGAACAAAGAGUUUCAUUAAGAUUAAAUGUGCGACCGAAGACUGUGUCUCAAUUGGAUUAUUUUAUUUCACUUUCGUGUAAAACACUGAAGUUAGUGUCCGAUCAGAGUGAUUCAAACUGAUUGAGGAGAAACUGCAAAUGUAACCAAAGCUCCUGAAUCCUAAAUUGCUUCUGAGCAGCACAACCAGCAAUAAAUGUGUGAAUGUCUUUCGUUAAUACUGAUGGGCACUUUAAAUCUCUGCCAUUACUGAGUGAACGGGUCGAUGUGACAAGUAGUGCAAAAGUGCUUUCAGAGGCCAAAAGACUAGAAAAGCACAAUGGAGGUACAGUCCAUUUACCAAAGCUGGGUCCAUGCAGAUCCUGCAGUGACUGCUUUGUGUCCAAUUUGUCUUCAUUGAGAAUCACGCUUGUUCUCUUUUUCCUCGGAUGUGCAACAUUUUAAACUUUCACAGUCAGCUUUUCCUGUUCUUUCUUGUUUGUUCAGAACGGUAAGCAAGAGUAAGUGUUGAGGGGAGAGUCAGCAGAGACUCACUUACACUCACCACAAGUGCAAGUGAGACAUUUUUACAGAGACAUAACAAAGUCGGUUGGUGGAAGUUUGUGAUUGAAUGUAAAUUUAUUCAAGUGAACAUCUCCAAACACAACAGUGUGUUUCUGUCUUUAUCGCAGAGCCUCUUGAGACACAGUUCCCAUUUACUUUAUGUAUUUAGAUAAAACAGUCAAACCAGGCUAUUGUGUCACACUGUCUGAUUUUCCUCCAUGGAGAUUAGAUCUCUACUUUUAACUCAUCCCUGAAGAGUUACAUCUAAGCCUAUCAAUAGUUUGUGAUGCGACCUUUUUAAGUUUCCCUUGAGCGUUAAAACAAUGCUGCGACCUUAAUACAAAAGACGCUAAAGACUCAUUUGAGCUUGUCAAUCACACCUAUGUAGAGUCUGCAGCAUGUUUUUGCCCUGUGGAGUGAGAUUAUAGUCCUUAUCUAACACUAAACAUACCAAAAAGGUCUGUUUGUGAUGCUGGAUUUUGCAGGAAACUUAACACUUGGCUUCGGGAGGGAAACCAGAUGUUAGUAACUCAACCUCACAAAACGCUGAACCCAGGAGUCCCCUGAGAAGAAGUAAUCCAAAAAUCCCUCCAGCUGAUGACAGAACUGGGACAAAUUCUUUAUAACUUCUUUCUACAAUGUCACAAUUCUCUUUAAACCUCCAGAAAAGUAAUUUUAAGAUACCAGCGUGGAGUAAUUAUCACCUCAUUAAGAAGAUUAGUUUUUCUGUAUGAUAGAGGGGUAAAACGGCUGACCUGAUUUAGACAUAAAAAUACAGCAUGAUCUGAGGGGUAAAGAUGCAAUGUGUGGUAUUUAGCGAUUUUAGGAGUAUAGAUCUUGCAGAAAUGUAAUAUUAUAUUAGUAGGUAUGUGUACACUAGAUAUUAAAGUAAUGUUAGAGUGAGCCUCGGAGCAGGUCUGCUCUUAUGAAGGCCACCAUCGUGGUAGCACAGACUUAACAAACAAGUAUCAAUCAUCACCAAACUGUAGGUCCAGUAUCAGAACAAAAGAAAACGCGAACAAGAAGUGCUGUUUGUGUUUCCUUCAUUCAACGUUUUGAUUCCUUUAAUAUCAUCAUGACCUUCUGGUUUUCGAGCCUUAUUUUGACACCUAACCAAAUUAAACAUCGAAAACUCUCUCACCCUAAAAGGUGAAGUAGUCCUCAGUUUUAUAGUCGCUGCAGUGAAGGGGAUGCUGGAUGUUCUCACUCUUAAGUGUUUAUGUGACACUGUUCAUACCGCACACUCAGCUGCAGGUUAAGCUCGUACAUCCUCUUCAGAUAGUCACUUGGCUCGCGCUGACAGCCACUCGAGAUUCUCCAGGCCUGUUCGGCGGAAAUGUCUCAGCCCUGAAACUGAGAGAGUAGAGUAAAUAUUAGAAACUUUCUCCAGAACUUUCCUUUUUAAAAGUUUUUCCACAGACCGUUAAAAAAGAGGAGGACUUUACGGUACGAAAAGGUAGAUCAUAACAGUGCUAUCAAUGGUUGGGGGUCCUGACAUGUUAUCUUGAACAAAUCACACAGUUUAUUUCGGAUUUAUAACUUAACAAAUAGACACUGUGUAUUUGCACGACUCAGGUGCACGACCAGUAGUCUCUUCCACCUUGAGUAAGAACAAAAGGAAUCAAAAUGGUUGUAUCAUCUACUCAGAAGGCAAAAGAUAACGGAGAAAAUAAAAAUACUCAAACUAGACACAUCAUCACAUCCUGACGGAUUUACCUGAAAUAUUUAAUAAACCCCGGCGAGCAAGAAAACACUAACAACCCUGAUAAACGUGUAAAACAAACAAUCUGGAGCCUGUGAACCUGUGCGGGCUUUGAACGAUUAACAGACCAUCAGGGUCGAAGUCGGUGUGACAUCGGAAAUUCUUGCAUCAGUUUACCGGUCUGCAGGUGCACCACUGUGGGCUAUCAAUAUUCAUGCUCAGCUCCAGCAGCUUGCUGAGAUCAGUCUUAAGCCCACACUGAGUCACACCGCAGUGCAAACAGACGGAUGACAGAGGGGAGGCGCAGGGAAGAUUGAUCACGCAGCAAGGAUGACGCUGUUUCAGGGCGCCCACAGCUUGAUCCAUUUAAUCAAAGAGGUUAGAAAAGACAAAGAAGCAUCUGAGGACAGCGAGCUUAAAAGUCUGCACAGAUGAAGGAGUGAAAGGAAAUGAGGAGAGGAACAAGAAUCAACCUCGACGUCUAAGGAGGUUUGAAAUACUAUCAGUUUUAGACUCUCCAGAUCUAACCAAAUUGAAUCUCUGAAAAAUUUGGUGGAAGCUGCUGUCCACCACCACCGAGUUAAAGAGGAAUGUCCCUCAAGGUAUAGCUAUCCAUCAGUAAGGAUCCAAAUGAGUCUGAUCAAAGAUUUAAAGUCAAAUCAACAAAACAGUUAUCGUUUUAAAAAAAAUCACACCUAGUUGUAGAUCGAGUGUUUCAGUAAAAGAAAACUGAAAGACUAAACAAAGUAAUAGCAUUUUAACCAAAGUGUCAUCCAUGUCCAGCCUCCUGGUAUCAAAGGUUGCGGUGUUUUCUAAGCAUAGAUGAGCGUUUUAGACCUUGUCCGUGAAGUCUGGCAUGUCUACGUGACAAACAGGCUCAAAAAUAUUGAUCAGCGUCACAGCGAGCAGAUGGAGCCUAUGAAGCACUUAAUGCACACGCAUCAGUUUAGACACAUUUUUACAAUGCCAGAAAUGCAAAUAAAAUGAUGCUGUGGCUUUGAAACAUCUGCUGCCUGUGAGAUGACCUUUGUUGGUGAGGAUCAAAUGACAGACCUAUUGAUUUUAGAGGCAUCAAAUUAUACGUAGUGUGACCACAGUGACAUGGGGGCUGAGAAAGUGACCACGAGGAUGAUAUCGCUUGCGUAUUAUUUCUUACCCUUUUAUCCGUUUCAACUCAGAGCUGGUCAAACGCUGCCCCCUCACCCUCCUCCUCCGCCUCCCCCUCGCUGUCAUGUACUGCCUGGCAACUGACGCCAUAAAUAAUAAGCCUGUGUCUCUGUGUAUGAGUGUUUGUGUGUAUUUGCAGGCAUGUGAUAAUAAACAGGCUAUCCGUUACCAGCACACCUCUUAGUUUGCGUGUUAAUCAGUGACACGCUGUUUGAACUACAGUGUCUGAAGUGUUUGAAUUACUGUCUCUCCCGUGUAGGCCGAGCGCACCAGACGUGACUGACAGGGUCAAUGGCGAGCAAUAACACGGCGAGCAUCGCUCAAGCCAGGAAGCUGGUGGAACAGCUGAAGAUGGAGGCCAACAUUGAUAGGAUAAAGGUAAGAUGACACAGAGGGGAGCGGGGGUGGUUGCUUAAAGGAGUAGUUCAGAGUUUAUGGGAACAAAUCUGCACUAAUGACUAGGGGUGGAAGAAAAAAAACCGAUACAGCAUAGUAUCGUAAUAUUUUGUUUGGUGAUAUAUUGUACCGUAACAUUGACCAAGUAUCAUUUUUUUUUUAAUAAAUUGCCAAUAUGAAGUCAAAUCUAUGAUAAUGGAAAAAUAAAAUCAACUGUUUGUCCAGUGAGGUUGACAGAGGGGACAUCAUAGAGCAGGAAAAAGUUAGUACAACAAACAUAGCAGCACCUGGGGAAAGACAUUAGGAAUGCAAGGGGGGCGCAACUGAGCUGGACCUGACACACAAGAUUUGCAAGAUGUGUUACAUGAAAAUAAUAAAAUACUUUGUAAAUAAGAUAAACAUAGAGGGAAGACAAACGCUAAAUUAGCUCAACAUUUUAAAAAAAUGUUUAAAUCUGUAUCACAAUACUCACUGUACUGCAAAAUGUUAAAAAUCGCAAUAAUAUCGUAUCGUGGCCCAAGUAUCGUGAUAGUAUCUUAUUGUGGGGCCACUGGUGAUUCCCACCCCACCUUUUCAAUAUGUUCAGUAACAUGCAGCACUUAUGCAGUCAAAUAAAAUGGUAUUUGUUGUUUGAAACAAAGUUGUGACUAAGUUUGUCCUUGGAUCAGUAUCCUCAUUUACAGCAACUCGUGUUUUUGACUGAUUAACAAUGUUAAAUACCAUGAUAUAUUAUUACUUUAUCGUGAUAUGUCUUGUAUCAUGAGGUUCUUGCAAAUACACAGCCGUAUUGUAACGUAUCAAAUCGAAUCCCAUUGCACCGAAUCAUAUUGUGACACAUGUAUCGUAAUACGUAUGGUAUUGUGAGGUUCUUGCCAAAACCCACCUUUACUGAUGACACUCUUGCAGCUGUGUAUCAGUUCUGUCAAAGCUGGUCAUGCUAAACUUUUUGCGAAUUUCGGAUUAAAAAAAAAAAACUUGACAAAUGGUGUUAUCAUUAAACUUUUUGGUUUCUGUUUUCCAUUUUGACACCUUAGCAUUUUUCCAGUUUUCAAGUUGAAGUUCAUCUGAUAUCAGAGUUUCAUACAUAAGAUUGGAAAACACUGAUUGAAUUAUGUGUGCGUGUGUGUGUGUUUCAUACCAGGUCUCGAAAGCAGCUGCAGACUUAAUGUCAUACUGCGAAGCCCACGCCAAAGAGGACCCUCUGUUAUCACCAGUCCCAGCGUCAGAGAACCCCUUCAGGGAGAAGAAGUUCUUCUGUGCCAUCCUGUAAACACAACAACAACAACAUCAUCAACAUGGCCCUUCGGCAGUCUGCUCAGUGUGGGACUUUGAACUUGGAUGUUCAAAAAUACGUAGAAAUCUUCUAGUAGGGGGGCACGGUGAUUACUGCCCCCCUUUCUCGAACGGCACCCAAAGUGUGCUAAACUUCAAACCCGCAGAGUUGACCUGUAACCACUGAGGGGGUUUUGAUUGCUUUUUAAAAGGGGGCGCUGCAGCAUGUUGACGGGGGUCUGUGCUUUUAGAUGACACAAAAAGGAUGAUGUUAAGGAGCAGGAGGAGUAUGAUUACAUGAUGGAUGGACAGCCUACUGAGUCUUCAGGUUGUAGUGUGUACAAAAGAAGAAAAAAAAAAAAAGAUAAAAUGAGAAUAAAAAAUAUUCUGUGGUUCUUUGGGGACUUCCAAAUGUUCUGUUGAUAAAUGGUCUGUGGGUGAGUCAGGCAUUGUGGGACAGCAAACAAAAAUACGCCUACUGCUAAACACAACCUGAUGAUUGGAAUGUUUUUUUAAGUUGUUGAUUCAUGUUUAUUUCAACUUUAUCUAUCAUCUAGAUAACUUUCUAUAACUGUACGUGAUUGCUGAAAGAGCUCUGUUAACUUUCUUUUCUUACUCCAACAGGUUAGUUAAUGCUUUUUUAAUGGGAUGUUUGAAACAUACAUUUAUGUGAUUCUCUUCAGAAAUACCUGCGUGAAAAUCAGUCUCUGUGUAUCCACAUCUAUCUGGCAAAUGUGAUGCAGUUUGUCUCCUACAGAUACAAACCCUCUUUCUACUGUUUGUAUAAAAUAACUAGCAAGUAAACUGUGCUGUGCUGUGAGUUCUGAACCGUCUUUUUCUCUGUCUCCUUCCUUGUGGACGUAGUAACAACAGAGGUGGUUUCCAGCUGGCAACAAAAUGCCUCAACACAGACAUCUCUCAAAUAUGAAUCACUCACAUUUCCAGGAAUUAAAACUACAACUUUUGAAAAUGAAUAUUUCAAUCAUCAGCCAAAGAAGGCGUUAAACUUCUAAAAUUAACCUUAUUAAAUCAUUUCCGAGUUGGGUACAAGACUGAGACAGCAAGGCUUGAUGGUUACACCUUCAGUCACAUAUGAAAAUCGUAAUUGAAAUAAACAACAGCUGAGUAAUUCACACAAACAUACAUCUCUCUAUUAUUAAAACGUUGAAAUCUG